UCGUCGCCGCCCGUCAUGCAGAACCUGCUGCGCCAGAGCAACGCGGCACAGCAGCGCGUGCAGGUCUUCCUCGACUCCACCACCCCUUACACGGCGCGCCGCUGGGGCACCACGGGCGCGCUGCUGGCGCUCUUCAUGCUGCGCGUCAUCUUCGGGCAGGGCUGGUACAUCGUUUGCUACGCCCUCUUCAUCUACCUCCUCAACCUCUUCCUCGCCUUCCUGCAGCCCAAGUUCGACCCUUCCAUCAACGAGGACCUGGCCGAGCAGGACAUGGAGGACGGCGAGCCGGGCCUGCCCACGUCGGCCUCGGCGGCGUCGUUCCCGCGCGGCGGCGGCGGCGGUGGUGGGCUGAUGAGCGGCAUGUUUGGCGCGACGCAGCCAGAGGAGGAGUUCCGGCCCUUCAUCCGGAGACUGCCAGAGUUCAAGUUCUGGCUCUCUGCGACGCAGGCCGUGCUCAUCUCGCUCGGCUGCACGAUCACGCGGGCGUUCGACAUUCCCGUGUUCGUGCCGAUCCUCGUCCUCUACUUCUUCGUGCUGUUCGGGAUAACCAUGCGGCGCCAGAUUGCACACAUGGUCAAGUACAAGUACGUGCCCUUCGACCUCGGGCGCAAGCAGCGGUAUGGGCAGAAGUAAGGGCGGAACAGCCGGCAGUGCCUCGGACUGCCCUAGAUCGAGGUGCGCGCAGCAGACCCUGCAAAGCCCACGCACGGCGCUGCGUGGCUCGGGGGCUGCCCGAAGGCCCGCUCUUCCCUCGAGCAUCGCCGACUGGGUCUCAGAUGCUCUUCUUUUGCAAUGGAUGCUUGCCGCCACUGCAAGGCGGGCAGCAGCGCGAGAGAGGUUGAUACAUCACGGCGCAUGCAGGGAGCGGCGGGUAUAGAGGCGGGUGACGGCGGUGUUUCCUCCCGGACGCCGCGAGAGGAUC